AUGGAAAAUAGUUUAUUUAAAGAGAAUAACACUUUAUUAAACCCGCCUUCAGUUGUGCUUGUGCCGGAAAAUGUAUACAUGACUUCAAAUAAAAAUCAUUCAUAUUUAAUACAUAUAAUUGUUCCAUUAAAUGAAGACAGCAGAAUAUGGUUACACAUCAAAAAACUAACACUUGAGUCCAUGUCUAAUAAUAAGAUAACGAUUUUCGAGGUAGAACAAUAUCCCGUUUCUCAAUUUCAAAAUAAUACAGUUUUAAAAAUUCCUGCUGGUUUGUAUACGCUGACGAUACAUUAUAAGGAUAAAAAACAGCAGCCGAUAUCAAGGAAUGUCUUGAAUCUUGAAACCAAUCGUAUUUACACAUAUAGAAAUGAACAUGAUUAUAAAACUAAUUCUAAAUUACAAUCAAAUACAGUUGUACAGACCCGCGUUUUAAGUAAAGAGUGGUUAUUACCUCAAUUCAUUUGCAUGACAUUCGGUGAGACAUUGUUUACCAUGACCGGAUUAUCAUUUUCUUUCUCAGAAACUCCCGAAUCGAUGAAAACCGUGUCAAUAUCUAUGUGGUAUUUUUGCGUGGCUCUCGGGAAUUUGAUUGUAAUUUUCAUCAACAAAUUUGUAGCGUUUGAAAAGAAAUCCAACAUGUUCUUCAUGUUCGCUUUCAUUGCGCUUUUAACGAUAAUCGCCACCUGCAAAUGGAGUAACAAGUACGAAAAAUUAUAUCACGAAAAUAAAACAGACACGGAAAAUGAGAGCGAUAGUGAUAACGUCAAUUUAGUAAUGUUAUUAAAAAAGGAGAGUUAUCAACUAUCGUUUUGA